CAAGAGCCAAGAGAGAGAGAAGAGAGAAGCGACAAGAGAGAAAAAAAAACUAAAGAAAACGAAAAGAGAAAAAGAAGAAAGAAGACCGAGAAGAGAGGAGAAAGAGGAAGGGAGAAGACACACCCGAUGGAGUGGCAGAGUCUGUAUAGCGACUGCCCGAGGGUGGUGCUUGGCCUCACCAUAGGCGCCGGCUUCUUGAUCUACUACCUGGUCGAGGCCGUGAAGCAAACUCACUCUCCACCCUUCCCCUCCCAACUCUCAAUCCACUCUCACCCUUAUGAGCAAAUCGUGCAGAAAUGCCGCCCCCUGGUGGCUUCCCGGGACAGCGCCUGGAGGGACUUCCUGGAGGAGAACCUGGUCAUCCUGCAGGAGAGGUACUGGCCGACUCCCUGGUGCCUGGAAUCCCGCCUUCAGACAGUCCUGGCGUCGAUCCUGCGCUACAGAUUGCUUCCUCGUGUCACCUACAGAAAAGAGGUGCUGCAGCUGAGAGACGGAGGCCAGGUUUGCCUCGACUGGCUGGACGGCGCGGGGGGGGCCAACUCACCCAUCAUCCUCAUCCUGCCGGGGCUGACGGGGUCCUCACAGAGCGACUACAUCAAGGGGCUCGUCCUGACGGGGAGCAAGACGGGUGCCCGCUGCGUCGUCCUCAACUACAGGGGCACGGCGGGUAUCGAGCUCAAGACCACCAGGACGUACUGCGCGGCCAACAGCGACGACCUGGAGGAGGCCCUGCAACACCUGAGGACGACCUACCCGAACGUCCCCCUCAUAGCAGCUGGAGUGUCCCUUGGGGCGUCAAUCAUAGGGAACUACCUAACGACUCGGGGAGAGCAGGCGGGUGAUUUUCUGGUGGCAGCGGUGGUAUUCUCAACACCCUGGAACAUGCAGUUAGGGGUGAAGAGCAUGGAGAGGCCACUCUGUAACCUGCUGUUAAAUAGGUACCUUGUGGCAUGCCUUUGUGGCUUAGUGAGCAGCAUGAGUUAUCAGCUAGCUGGCGAUCACAAAUGGAAUUAUGAUCAUGUCAUGAAGAGCAAGAGCUUCCGUGAGUUCGACUCCCGCUUCACCGCCAUGCAGUUCGGGUUCCGUGACGCCGAAGAUUAUUACAAGACCUCCUCGCUCCACGAGAAGCUCGACGACAUCCGUGUUCCUCUGCUUUGCCUGAACGCGGCUGAUGAUCCUUUCCAGCCUAUGGAAGGUGUCCCAGUCGAAGCAGCGAAGAGAUCGAGUCACGUGGCCCUAGUCGUGACGGCGAGAGGCGGUCAUAUUGGUUUCAUGGAGGGAUUCCUACCCACUUGUACCUACUACAGCGAUCGCCUUUUCCUCCAAGUGGUGAACGGCAUUUUCGCCAAUCUGGACAAGAUGGUUGCUAUUAAGAAGGAAGCUAACGAUUUCGCGAGGAGGAAAGCGCUCGAAUCGACUUCCAAAUCAUCUUAGGGGAUACGAGCGCUGUGUAUUUUUUUUAUUCUUUUUUUAAUUUUUUAUCUCCUUCAUAUUUUUUUCCCCUUCUUAUCAUGUCUCUCGCUGUCAUUUCGCUGGAAGAGAUGAUCACCCCGAUAGCAAGAGAGCUUCUUAUGGUAGGAAAGAUUAUACGGGUAGCAAAGGUUUGCGUGUUUAGAUAUGUCAUUCCCUUUUUGUUUAUAGAGAGGGCAUUCCUGUUAUCUCUGUAGUAUAAGUCAUCUUGCGAAGAUCUUUGUGUUUACGAAGUCAUUACGGAAGGAACGUAGGUCAUUACGAAGAUGACCUUAGUGAAGAGAAUCCCAGUAGUGAUAUUCAUCUCAACAAUUGACUUCUAUUUCGAAAAAAAAAA